ACAAGAUCACCUGUAGUAAUCGGGCAGACACUGCACGGUUUAACAUAGACUGGCCACAGAUUACUGCCAUGGAGUGCAGAGCCUUGCUGAUGUAUUUGGAAAUCAGCUGCUUUGUGGUGUGCCUGUCUGGGUGGGCGCUGGUGUGCUCCACCAUGCCCACUGAGUACUGGAACUUCUCCACCGGUGAUGGUGCCGUGCUCACCUCCUCCAGCUACUACUCCAACCUCUGGAAGGACUGUGUGUCCGACUCCACCGGAGUAUCUGAUUGCAAGGAAUUCGUAUCCAUGCUGGCACUGGAAUUGUACAUCCAUGUGUGCAGGGCUCUUGUCAUCAUUUCUAUUAUCCUUGGCUUCUCUGGAUCCACGCUUGCCCUUAUUGGUAUGAAGUGCACAAAGAUUGGGGGGUCCGAUGCUGUUAAUGCAAGAGUUACCUUCUCGGCAGGUGUGAACUACCUGACCUCAGGGUUGUGUGCCAUGACUGCAUUCUGCUGGUAUGGAAACAAGAUCAGGACGGAAUUUGUGAAUCCUGAUUUCCAAGAUACGAAGUAUGAAUUUGGCGCUGCUAUCUUUGUGGGCUGGGGUGGCUCCUCUCUGCUCAUCAUAGGGGGAUUUGCAUACUGCUACUUAGCCAACAAAGAGGACCUUUUCUCCAGAUCCAAACGACAACUCAAACGCAUCUCCUUCACUAAGACCCAAACAAAUCCAGUCACCGUUACAUCCCUGUCACUAAGUGAGAAUUUGGAGGGCAGAAGAACAAGGACCAAUGGGACCUCUAGCAAAAUGCCUUUGGAUUCUUUUGUGUAA